UGCUGCUUACGGCUCUCUGAUCUCUCUUAGCUUGUUUUCUAGCUAGCGAUCUAAUGCUAACAACAUGAAACAGUGUUGAGAAAACACGACAUGUUCAGAAGAAAUGUUCCAAGCUUGCCACACAAUCGUAUUUUAUUGCCUGCCCCAAGACUGUAAGCUAACAAACGUUAUUCCCGCAUUUGUUCAUCUGAUUGUUUUUGUGACUGCAGUGCACUUGUAGCUAGCUAGCAUAACGUUACUGACUUGACAAUUCACAGCAAGCAACAGGUGAGUAACGUUAUUGUUGCUAGAUAGUGAAUUAUGCUGGCUUUGUAACUGUCUAUGAUUUAGCUAGUUACGUUUCGGGAAGCUUGUGCCGUGGCAUAAAAUAUGGGCAACAAGCGAGCUAGUUCUGACUAGUUAACGUUAGUUUGUAUGUAACGUUACUGUACGGAGAAAAGGGCCCAGUUUUUAAAAAGUUGCUGUAUCUAUCUUGGUUUCGCCUAUCGGAUAGGAUUAAAUGCAUAGAAAUAGAACGCGAUUACCCAUUCAAAUCAACUAUUCGUCAGUUAAAUUCAUAACUAUGCGUUUUAAUCGAAAGCGAGAUGUUUUAGGCUUGGUUAUAGUAAAACACGCCAAUUCUGGUCAUUAUUUUGACAGUUCGUUUUGGAAAAGUUACAUAUUUUAGUAGUACAUCUAGCUCUUUUUACCCCUAGCUGUUCAACUCUACCAUUGAAAUCGUGAUGUAGAGACACGAAAAGGUGCCUACGUCAUCUCAAGGGAGGGGUUCGGUAUGAAAUACACACCUUCUACUGCCGCGUUCAAAACUACUGAGAACUCGGGGAAAAAAACGAACUCCGAAUGGGAAAAAUCGUUGUGAACCGUCAUCCAACUCGGAAUUCCAACUCGACUUUCCGACCUGAAGAUCACUGACUUCAUGUUUUGACCUCGUAUUUUUCCGAGUUCCCAGUUGUUUUGAACGCGGCAUACAUGUGCUGGAUGGUACCAGCUCAAGGCUUACUAUAAAAUCAGGCGACGACGCGCCUUAUUUGGCAAUGGUCUUGGUAGGUGGAGUGUGCCAAUAUAGCACGCUAGAUGGCUAAUUAGCACAGGCGGUUACCUCUGUCUUCCGAAAAAAACAAAAAACAUUAAUAAUUAAAUAACCUCUGUCUUCCGUAAACAAACGCUGUAUUAAAGGUUUGUAGUAAUUUAACCUUUUGUUUUUUGAAAAUUAUUUCUCGCAAAUAUGAAAGAUACGUUCCUUAUGUUUCCUAAACCGUACCGCAUUUGUUAACAUUUAGCUCAAGCAAAAGUCCCCCAGGAAGAAGAUGCCUUCAUCAGUAGGCCUAAAAGUUUUCUGAACCAAAAUAUAAAUGCAACAAUUUCAAGAUUUUACUGCGUUACAAUUCAUAUAAGAAAAUCAGUCAAUUUAAAUAAAUUCAUUAGGCCCUAAUCUAUGGAUUUCACAUGAUUGGGCAGGGGCACAUUCUGAUUGGCUGGGCUUGUCUCCCCAGUGGGUGGGCCUAUGCCCUCCCAGGCCCAUGCCCUCCCAGGCCCACCCACUGGGGAGACAAGUCCAGCCAAUCAGAAUUAGUUUUUCCCCCACAAAAGGGCUUUAUUACAGACAGAAAUACUUCUCAGUUUCAUCAGUUGUCUGGGUGGCUGGUCUCAGAUGAUCCCUUAGGUAAAGAAGCCGGAUGUGGAGGUCCUGGGCUGGCGUUGUUAUAUGUGGUCUGCAGUUUUUAGUCCGGUUGGACGUACUGACAAAUUCUCUAAAAUGAUGUUGGAGGUGGCUUAUGGUACAGAAAUGAACAUUCAAUUCUCUGGCAACCGUUCUGGUGGACAUUCCUGCAGUCAGCAUGCGAUUUGCACGCUCCCUCAAAACCUGAGGCAUUGUGUGGCAUUGUGUUGUGUGACAAAACUGCACAUUUUAGAGUGGGCUUUUAUUGUCCCCAGCACAAGGUGCACCUGUGUAAUGAUCAUGUUGUUUAAUCAGCAUCUUGAUAUGCCAGACCUGUCAGGUGGAUGGAUUAUCUUGGCAAAGCAGAAAUGCUCACUAACAGGGAUGUAAACACAUUUAGGCAGAACAUUUGAGAGAAAUUUCUGGGAUCUUUUAUUCCAGCUCAUGAAACAUGGGACCAACACUUUACAUGUUGCGUUUAUAAUUUUGUUAGAGAAUGAAGAAAGUAUCGCCAAGAACAGGAAAAACCUAUGUCGGUGGUUUGUAUGGGGCUUUCCUGUAACGGCCAGUAAUGGACACCAAAAUCUGGUUAUAUCACAUUAUCUGCCAUACAAUCUGUAGCUAGUGAAAAACAUUACACCUGGGGUGCGUUCAGUAUGACAGAAUGGUGUUCAAAGUUUAAUUCAACAGAAACAAUACUAUACUGAACGACCAGGAGUUUAGCAAUUUCAAAUGGCCACACCUCGCCACACCCACCAAAUGGGAGCAAAUGUACCUCAAAGGCCGUUGAAGAACGGUGCGCACCAUUUUGGGGAAAUGUGUCAUUCAGUACUAUAAUAAUAAAUAAUAAUAUGCCAUUUAGCAGAUGCUUUUAUCCAAAGCGACUUACAGUCAUGCGUGCAUAAAUUUUUACGUAUGGGUGGUCCCGGGGAUCGAACCCACUACGCUGGCGUUACAAGCGCCAUGCUCUACCAAUUGAGCUACAAAGGACCACAAACUGUCACACAACGUAGCGUUAAAUCGAACUGAGGGCAGCCCAGGGGUGUAUUCAUUAGUAUUAGGGUUAGUGUAUUCAUUAGUCGGACACUUGCAAAACGUUUUGCACCACAACAAAACUAUUUGCAAUGGAAACCUAUUCUAUUGGACAAAUUGGGGUAGGUUCUUCCAUUUUUCGUUUCCUUUUCUUCUGUUUGCUUCCAAUGGUUCCGAUUGGAUCCUAGUGAAUACACCCCUGAUGUAACUAAUUUGAGUUAGAAAUUACCUGUAUGAUAUUACAAUGCUGAUAAGCUGUUGCACUUUCAAAUUAAUUUUAUAUUGAUUUAAUCGUUUUGUAUUACCUCUUUUACUAUUUGCCAUACAUAGAGAUUUGUGAUGUAGCUACCAGUUGGUGGGAGUUGGCAACAAUCAAGCUAUGGAAGAUGAUUCCCCGACUCUGAAACCCAGGCGCAUCCAGAACCAGAAUGUGGUCCAUCGACUGGAGCGGCGACGGAUCUUCUCUGGCCGGGCUGCAGCCCACUGGUACCGUGUGCGCUGCUUCCACCAGAACCUUUUCCCCAACUUCACUGUGGUAAAUGUAGAGAAGCCUCCCUGCUUCCUCCGCAAGUUCUCCCCAGAUGGACGCUGCUUCAUAGCCUUCUCCUCUGACCAGACCUCCCUGGAGAUCUAUGAGUACCAGGGCUGUCAGGCAGCUGAGGAUCUGCUGCUUGGGCAGGAUGGGGAAACCCUGGCCAACGGCAAUGACCAGCGCUCCCUCAACAUCCGUGGCCGCCUCUUUGAGCGCUUCUUUUCCCUCCUGCACGUCACUAAUGUGGCCUCCAAUGGAGAGCACCUGAACCGAGAGUGCAGCCUGUUUACUGAUGACUGUCGCUAUGUGAUCGUGGGCUCAGCAGUCUACGUGCCUGAGGAGCCCUCUCCACACUUCUUUGAGGUGUACCGCAACAAUGAGUCUGUGACUCCCAACCCCCGCUCUCCUCUGGAGGACUACUCACUGCACAUCAUUGACCUGCACACUGGGCGGCUUUGUGACACCAGGUCCUUCAAGUGUGACAAGAUCAUCCUCUCGCACAACCAGGGACUUUACCUCUACCGAAACAUACUGGCUGUUCUUUCUGUUCAGCAGCAGACAAUCCAUGUCUUUCAGGUGUAUAUCUCAGCCUGCCACAUCAUCUGUACCCUAUGCUUACCUGGUAGUGAGAUUAUAACAUUAAACCAUCCUGAUUGAAUGUUUUUAUGAAAUUAAAUGAAUGUUUUUAUAGUGCUAAUGUCAUCCUGUAGGUGACAUCAGAGGGGUUGUUUCUGGACGUGCGGACCAUCGGUCGGUUCUGCUACGAGGACGACCUCCUGACUCUGUCUGCGGUGUAUACUGAGGCCCAGGCUGAGGGCCAGCCAGGCUUCUCCCGCCUCUACAAGGAGAAGACCAUCAACUCCCUGAAGCACAGACUACUAGUCUACCUGUGGAGACGGGCUGAGCAGGACGGCAGCGCCACCGCCAAGCGACGCUUCUUCCAGUUCUUUGACCAGCUGAGACAGCUGAGGAUGUGGAAGAUGCAGCUGCUGGAUGAGCACCACCUCUUCAUUAAAUACACCAGCGAGGAUGUGGUCACCCUGCGAGUCACUGACCCCUCCCAGGUACACCUAAUUAAGGAUCUCUAGUGGUAAUUUGCAACCAAAUUAUUUUAGGCAGGGGAGAACAGAGCUAUGCGGGGGGGGGCCUGUCCCACCUGUAUAAUGGUAGGUGAAACGGUGGAAAGCACUAUCUGGAAAUCCACUGUCUGCGAUUGUUUGAAUUAGUUAUUCUAUAUCCUACAUUAGGGGACUGUGGAUUAGUAACAAAAUCAAAUCAAAUUGUAUUUGUCACAUGCGCCGAAUACAACUGGUGUAGACUUAACUGUGAAAUGCUUGCUUACAACCUUCCCAACGAUUAAGAGUUUUUAAAAAAUGGUAACACGAAGAAUAAAAUAAAAACACAAGAAUGGAGCUAUAUAAAUCAAAUCAAAUUUUAUUUGUCACAUACACGUGUUUAGCAGAUGUUAUUGCUGGUGUUGGGAAGUGCACCCUCUGCUGUUUCCUGAAGUCCACGAUCAUCUCCUUUGUUUUGUUGAUGUUGAGUGAGAGGUUAUUUUCCUGGCACCACACUCCCAGAGCCCUCACCUCCUCCCUGUAAGCAGUCUCUUCAUUGUUGGGAAUCAAGCCUACUACUGUUGUGUCGUCUGCAAACUUGAUGAUUGAGUUGGAGGCGUGCUUGGCAACACAGUCAUGGGUGAACAGGGAGUACAGGAGUGGGCUGAGCAUGCACCCUUGUGGGGCCCCAGUGUUGAGGAUCAGCGAAGUGGAGGUGUUGUUUCCUACCUUCACCACCUGGGGGCGGCCCGUCAGGAAGUACAGGACCCAGUUGCACAGGGCGGGGUUCAGACCCAGGGCCUCAAGCUUAAUGAUGAGCUUGGAGGGUACUAUGGUGUUGAAUGCUGAGCUAUACUCAAUGAGCAGCAUUCUUACAUAGGUAUUCUUGUCCAGAUGGGAUAGGGCAGAGUGAUGGCGAUUGCAUCGUCUGUGGAUCUAUUGGGGCGGUAAGCAAAUUGAAGUGGGUCUAGGGUGGCAGGUAAGGUAGAGGUGAUAUGAUCCUUGACUAGUCUCUCAAAGCACUUCAUUAUGACAGAGGUGAGUGCUACAGGGCGAUAGUCGUUUAGUUCAGGUACCUUUGCUUUCUUGGGUACAGGAACAAUGGUGGCCAUCUUGAAUCAUAUGGGGACAGCAGACUGGGAUAGGGAGAGAUUGAAUAUAUCCAUGAACACACCAGCCAGCUGGUCUGUGCAUGCUCUGAGGACGCGGCUAGGGUGCCGUCUGGGCGGCAGCCUUGCGAGGGUUAACACGUUUAAAUGUUUUACUCAUGUCUGCCACGGAGAUGGAGAGCCCACAGUCCUUGGUAGACGGCCGUGUCGGUGGCACUGUGUUAUCCUCAAAGCGGGCGAAGAAGGUGUUUAGCUUGUCCGGAAGCAAGAUGUUGGUCUUGGCGACGUGGCUGGUUUUCCUUUUGUAGUCCGUGAUUGUCUGUAGACCCUGCCACAUACGUCUCGUGUCUGAGCCGUUGAAUUGCGACUCCACUUUGUCUCUAUACUGACGUUUUGCUUGUUUGAUUGCCUUGCGGAGUGAAUAACUACACUGUUUGUAUUCGGCCAUAUUCCCAGUCACCUUGCCAUGGUUAAAUGCGGUGGUUGGCGCUUUCAGUUUCGCGCGAAUGCUGCCAUCUAUCCACGGUUUCUGGUUAGGGUAGGUUUUAAUAGUCACAGUGGGUACGACAUCUCCUAUACACUUCCUGAUAUACUCAAUUACCGUAUCGGUGUAUUCGUCUAAAUUAUUUUCGCAAGCUACCCGGAACAUAUCCCAGUCCGCGUGAUCAAAACAAUCCUGAAGCGUGGAUUCCGAUUGGUCAGACCAGCGUUGAAUAGUCCUUAGCACGGGUACUUCUUGUUUUUUUGGGUUUCUGCAUAUAGGAAGGGAGAAGCAAAAUGCAGUCGUGGUCAGAUUUGCCGAAAGAAGGGCGGGGGAGGGCCUUGUAAGCAUCGCGGAAGUUUGAAUAACAGUGGUCCAGUGUUUUAGCAGCGCGAGUACUACAGUCGAUCUGUUGAUAGAACUUUGGCAGCCUAGUCCUCAAAUUUGCAUUGUUAAAAUCCCCAGCUACAAUAAAUGCAGCCUCAGGAUAUGUGGUUUCUAGUUUGCAUAAGGUCCAGUGAAGUUCUUUGAGGGCCGUUGUGGUAUCGGCCAUGGCUAUAACGGAGGAAAAUUCUCUUGGGAGAUAAUACGGUCUGCAUUUGAUUGUGAGGUAUUCUAGGUCGGGUGAACAAAAGGACUUAAGUUCCUGUAUGCUACUACAAUUACACCAUAAGUUGUUAAUCAUGAAACAUACACCUCCGCCCUUCUGCUUCCCGGAGAGAUAUUUAUUCCUAUCUGCGCGAUGAACUGAGAAUCCCUCUGGCUGGACCGAUUCCGACAGAGCCAUGUUUCCGUGAAACAAAGUAUGUUACAAGCCCUGAUGUCUCUCUGGAAAUAAAUCCUUGCUCUGAGCUCAUCAACUUUGUUAUCCAAAGACUGAACAUUAGCGAGUAAUAUACUCUGAAGCGGUGGGUGGUGUGUGCGCCUCCUAAGUCGAACCAGCAGGCUGCCUCGAGUGCCUCUCCUCCACCGGCGACGUUUUGGGUCGGCCUCUGGAAUCAAUUCAAUUGCUCUGGGGAGCGCAAACAAAGGAUCUGCUUCAGGGAAGUCGUAUUCCUGGUCGUAAUGCUGGUAGUUCUAGUGAGUUACCGCCGCACUGAUAUCCAGUAGUUCUUCCUGGCUGUAUGUAAUGACACAAAAUAUUUCCUGAGCUAAUAAUGUAAAAAAUAAUACAUAAAAAAACAAAAUAACGUAAAGUUUCCUAAGAGCUAGUCGCGAGCCAGUCGCGAGGCCGCCAUCUUCUGUUUAUAUACAGGAAGUACCAGUACCGGAUCAAUGUGCAGUACGAGGUACAACGUAUUUGAGGUAGAUAUGUACAUGAAGGCAGGGUAAAGUGACUAGGCAUCAGGAUAGAUAAUAAUAAGAGUAAAAUAAAGAACAGCGUAGCAGCAGCAAAAUAUGAGUGUAAAAGUGUGUGUGUAAUGUGUAUGUGUGUUGUCGGUAUGCAUUUGUGUUAUGUGUGUGUAUGUGCGUAUGUAGGGAAUGUGUGUGGGAGUGUCAAUGUAGUGUGUGAGUGAGUGUGUGUGUAUGAUGUGUGUGUGUGUGUGUAUAUAUAUAUAUAUAUAUAUAUAUAUAUAUAUAUAUAUAUAUAUAUAUAUAUAUAUAUAUAUAUAUAUAUAUAUGUCUAGUGAGUGUGCGUAGGGUCAGUGCAGAUAGUUUGGGGACCAUUAAUUGACGAUUUAGCAGUCUUAUGUUUUGGGGGUAGAAACUGUCUCGGAGCCUGUUGGUCCGAGAGCCGAUGCUCCAGUACCGUUUGCCGGACGGCAGCAGAGUGAACAGUCUAUGGCUUGGGUGGCUGGAGUCUUUGGCAAUUUUUGAUAUAGAGGUUCUGGAUGGCAGGGAGCUUGGCCCCAGUGAUGUACUGGGCUGUCCGCACCAUCCUCUGUAGCGCUUUGCGGUUAAGGGUGGUACAUUUGCCAUACCAAGCGGUGAUGCAGCCAGUUAAGAUGCUCUCAAUGGUGCAGUUGUAGAACUUUUUGAGGAUCCGAGGGCCCAUGACCAAUCUUUUCAGCCUCCUUAGGGGGAAGAGGCGCUGCCGUGCCCUCUUCACGACAGUGUGGGUGUGUGUGGACCAUGUUAAGUCCUUAGUGAUGUGGACGCCAAGGAACUUGAUGCUAAUGUUCCAUCUAAGCUACGCGCGUGCGCGCAGUAGCCCUGAGACUGCCGCGCAGUUCCCCUGGGACUGCCGCACAGAAGAAAUACUGUAUCAUCCCACGGAGAGAAGAAUGAGAUUGAACUUCACACAACUUUCUAGAAUUUUCCCUCUUAGGUAACACUAUCAGCGGUUCCCUUUACUGUGGCAAUUGUGAUCGAAUCGACGCAAUAUUAGUCACUUUCAAUGCAACAUACUGAAACAAAACAAACUAUGCAAGAGAUUUUGUUGUAGGCAGAACACAUCGUAGUAGGAUUCUAUUGCAUUGACACGCACUACUCUACACAGACCGGUGCGGCAUAACCAAUCAGAGCUGCAGUAGGUCUAUAUGCAAAUAGACCAUUGCCAUAUAUGGAUCUGUGCCAUUUACUUUGAUCUGGACUCUCUUUACGGCUGUGGUCGUGAGAAGAUAUGCUUGUUUUGAGAUCAAAGCGAGAGCUGCAUGUAGCCAUAUGUGCACAUUUUGUUCAUGUCCUCUGCUAGUUAGUGAGUUAUUAGCCCAGUUAUAGAUCAUUUGUAGUCAGCAAUAGGUGAGUGAUUGCUUCCUACAAGAGCACAAAACGUGUACAUUUCUAGACAUCUUGGAAAAGUGAGUCAGGUAAAGAGCUUUUUUUCCGUGUUAAAGGGGCAGUGUUGUAUUUUGAGACGGGCUUGAAUAAGCUAAGUAGCCAAUAGGCAGAGGGUAGCAUAAUUUGUCUGAUUCUCUGUAAUAAUGGUAUGCGAAUAAUAAUGAAUUUUAUUUUGUAAAGUGGUUUCUUGCAUCAAACAACACAACACCAUUUUCAGUCACCUCCUUGUCUGAAGGACAAGUGGAUACAUUUGACAUUUUAGUCAUUUAGCAGACGCUCUUAUCCAGAGCGACUUACAGUUAGUGAGUGCAUACAUUUUUCAUACUGGCCCCCCGUGGGAAUUGAACCCACAACCCUGGCGUUGCAAGCGCCAUACUCUACCAACUGAGCUACAGGAGGCCUACAGGUUAAUGUAAAGCCCUGCAUGUUUUUUUCAAAAGUCUCAUGGAAUGGAGUCCUACUCAAUGAUAGAACAGGUAUUUCCAUGUUAAAAUGUUUUGGGAUGCAUUUUCUCUAUUGUUUUUGAUGGUAGACCACUCUGGUAGGCCUACAUUAUGAUCAAAUAGCCACAGUACCCUACUUGGCCACUUAUAAAACUGUAACUUAAAGUGGGUACAGCCUCAGUAUUCACAGUAAACGUGAAUCUUCAAAAUGCUCAAGUUUUGCAGACAUGAAAUUUGAUCAGGGCCGAAAAAAUGGAGGGAACAUUGCUUGACACUCUUGACCCGCUCCACAACAGCCCCGUCAAUGUGGAAGGGGGAUACUUUCUCCUAUAGUCCACGAUCAGCUACUUGGUCUUACUCACGUUGAGGGAGAGGUUGUUGUCCUGGCAUUACACUGCUAAGUCUCUGACCUCCUCCCUGUAGGCUGACUCCUCGCCUUCGGUGACCAGUCCUACCACAGUCAUGUCGUCAGCAAACUUGAUGACUAAGCACACACCCCUGACGCGGCCCCGUGUUGACGUGGCAGAGGUGUUGUUGCCUACCCUCACCACCUGGGGCCGGCCCGUCGAAGUCCAGGGCGCCUCAUUUAUCAAUCAUGCGUAGGCACAAAUCUGUGCGGAAACUAUUUGUGGGAUCAUUUCCACGCAAAGUGUGAGAUUUUUCAAUAUGAACGUUGGCUUGAGUGUGUGUAAAUUUACGCACAGUACCAAGUUGUGGAAUAAGGGAACUGCUUAUCAAGUGUAGAGUGGGGAAAAUAUACAGUACCAGUCAAAAGUUUGGACACACCUACUCAUUCCAGGGUUUUUCUUAAUUUUUACUAUUUUCCACAUUGUAGAAUAAUAGUGAAGACAUCAAAACUAUGAAACCAAAAAAGUGUUAAACAAAUCAAAAUAUAUUUUAUAUUUGAGAUUCUUCAAAGUAGCCACCCUUUGCCUUGAUGACAGCAUUGCACACUCUUGGCAUUCUCUCAACCAGCUUCAUGAGGUAGUCACCUGGAAUGCAUUUCAAUUAAAAGGUGUGCCUUGUUCAUUUGUGGAAUUUCUUUCCUUAAUGCAUUUGAGCCAAUCAGUUGUGUUGUGACAAGGUAGGGUUGGUAUACAGAAGAUAGCCCUAUUUGGUAAAAGACCAAGUCCAUAUUAUGGCAAGAACAGCUCAAAUAAGCAAAGAGAAAUGACAGUCCAUCAUUACUUUAAGACAUGAAUGUCAGUCAAUCCGUAAAAUUUCAAGAACUUUGUUAGUGAGUGUCUGGAGUCUGGAGACCAAAUUGGAGAUUUUUGGUUCAAACCGCUGUGUCUUUGUGAGACGUGGUGUGGGUGAACGGAUGAUCUCUGCAUCUGUAGUUCCCACCAUAAAGCAUGGAGGAGGUGUUAUGGUGUAGGGGUGAUUUGCUGGUGACACUGUCUGUGAUUUAUUUAGAAUUCAAGGCACACUUAACCAUCAUGGCUAGCACAGCAUUCUGCAGCGAUACGCCAUCCCAUCUGGUUUGGGCUUAGGGGGACUAUCAUUUGUUUUUCAACAGGACAAUGACCUAACACACCUCCAGGCUGUGUAAGGGCUAUUUUACCAAGAAGGAGAGUGAUGGAGUGCUGCAUCAGAUGACCUGGCCUCCAAAAUCCCCCGACCUCAACUCAAUUGAGAUGGUUUGGUAUGAGUCGGACUGCAGAGUGAAGGAAAAGCAGCCAACAAGUGCUCAGCAUAUGUGGGAACUCCUUCAAGACUGUUGGAAAAGCAUUCCAGGUGAAGCUGGUUGAGAGAAUGCCAAGAGUGUGCAAAGCUGUCAUCAAGGCAAAAGGUGGCUAUUUGAAGAAUCUAGAAUAUAAAAUAUAUUUUGAUUUGUUUAGCACUUUUUUGGUUACUACAUGAUUCCAUAUGUGUUAUUUAAUAGUUUUGAUGUGUUCACUAUUAUUCUACAAUGUAAAAAUAAAGAAAAACCCUUGAAUGAGUAGUUGUGUCCAAACUUUUGACUGGUACUGUAGUUAUUUCCCCUCUUGUCCAGGUGGGAGAGGGCAAUUGCGGUGGGUCUGGGAUGAUGGUGUUGAUGUGUGUCAUGACCAGCCUUUCAAAGCACUUCAUAAUUACAGAUGUGAGUGGUACAGGGUGAUAGUCAUUUAGGCAGGUUACCUUGGAGCUCUUGGGAACAGGGACAAUGGUGGUCAGUUUGAAACAUGUUGGGAUUACAGACUUGGACAAGGAGAGAUUGAAAAUGUCUGUGAAGACACUUGCCGGCUGGUCAGCGCAUGCUUUUAGAACGCACCCUGGUAUUCCGUCUGGCCCAGCGGCCUUGUGAUUGUUAACCUGUUUAAACUAUUUGCUCACAUCGGCCAUGGAGAGCUGGAUCACACAGUCAUCCGGAAAAACUUGGGCUUUCACGCAAGGCAGUGUUGUAUUCCUCAAAGAGAGCAUAAAAGGCAUUUGGCUCGUUUGAGAGUUCUGCAUCGCUGGGCAACUCGCUGGGCAACUCCCUUUGUCAUCUGUUAUCGUCUGCAAGCCCUGCCACAUACGACGAGCAUCUGAGCCACUGUAAUAGGAUUCCACCUUCCUCCUAUACUGUAGGUUGGGGCAAAUGCUCAUUCCCUAUUGCUUAGAAAACUUCUUCUGAUUUGAAAUAUUGAUUCUGUCUCAGAGUGCACCUAUAUUUCAAAUAUGAUUUGUUGCUGAUGCGUUAGUGCAUGUCCUUUACAUUCUUACCUUCAUAUCUGUCUGCUCUUCUCUCAGCCCUCAUUCUUUGUAGUGUACAACAUGGUGUCGACAGAGGUGUUGGCGGUCUUUGAGAACACUUCUGACAAACUUCUGGAGCUGUUUGAGAACUUCUGUGACCUGUUCCGGAACGCUACGCUCCACAGCGAAGCUGUUCAGUUCCCCUGCUCAGCCUCCAGCAACAACUUUGCAUGGCAGGUCCAGAGAAGGUAUUGUUGGUCGGGGAGGGAGGCUUACCACAGGGCUAACAUGAAAAGAACUGCAUACAGUGUGGCACAAUCCAAAGGCUAGUAAAUUGAACCAAUUUAGAGAAAUUAGCGCCUAAAAACAGUGUUUUGUCAAAUUCUGAGAAUGUCCGAAUAUUCCUUAAAAAAAUUCUGCUAAGUGACUCAGAAAUUACACCUUUUUUGUUCCAUUGACAGUGUGAAUUCCUACUGCUUAUGCUCCCUCCUGGUCAGGUUCAAAGACACCAUAGUGAAUGCAAAGUACGGCGGUCACACUGAGGCGGUGAGGAGGCUGCUGGGACAGCUACCCAUCAGUGCUCAGUCCUACAGCAGCAGCCCCUACCUGGAUCUUUCCCUCUUCAGUUACGACGACAAGUGGGUAUCUGUGAUGGAGCGGCCCAAAACAUGUGGAGACCACCCCAUCCGGUAACAUUGACUAGAUAAUGCAGGAUUUCUAAAAUGUGUUUUUCUGUCAAAUAAACAUGUGUGUUGUGCCCUGGUAAAUAUUACACUUAAUCAAUUUCUACCCUAAAACCGUCAAUUAAUAGAACAGGUGUUUAUUUGCUUCAACCGCUGAGCUGCCUUGGUGUCUGUUGCAGACAUCAAUCAUUCAGUGCGAGAUAGAGAUUCUCUUUGAUUCCACCGGAGCAGACUGGCAAAAUGAGUGAAUGCAUAAUUACACUUUUUUGACCAGGCGUGUAUUAAAGACGAGCAUUCAUUAUUAUGAGCUAAAAUGUGAAACGAUGCCCAGACAUUAUAAGAGCCCGGCACUGUGUUUUUAAUAGACGUUUUAUGGUAAUGGUAAGCUCUCUUGUUAUUGGAAGUUUUACAUUAGUUUGGAAAUGGAAACUACAUUAACUAAUACAUUAUGACAACUUUUGGUAUAUCUGUUCCUAGAUACCAAUUAUUAUUUUUUUGAUACUGCGAGAUUCUGGCAAUUAAGCCCUUCUACUUACCCAGAGUCAGAUGAACUCGUGGAUACCCUUUUUGACUCUGCGAGCAGUAUGAAGAAAGUUGGGUAGUUUUGCAAGCCAAUGCUAACUAGCAUUAGCGCAAUGACUGGAAGUCUAAAGGUACGCUAGCAUAUGCAAAAAUCUGAAAAUAUCUAAGAUAUCUUGCUUGUUACUGAAAAAAACCUAAUCUACUGUGUUUGCUGCAUUUUGGGGAUUCUCCAAUGCAUAUCCUAGCGUACCUGUAGACUUCCAGUCAUUGCGCUAAUGCUAGUUAGCUUUGCCUCGCAAAACUAUCUCCAACUUAAUUCAUACUGCAUGCAGAGACAUAAAAAUGGUUUCCAUGAUUUCAUUUGACUCUGGGUAAAUAUAGAAAUCUCACCAUAUCCCUUUAGACUUGCAUUUCAAAAAGCUCAGACUGUGUUUUUCUUAUUAACUGCAGAUUUUAUGCUCGGGACUCUGGAUUGCUGAAGUUCAAGAUCCAGGCAGGCCUGCUGGGCCGGCCCAUUAACCAUGCCGUCCGGCGGCUGGUGGCGUUCACAUUCCACCCCUUUGAGCCGUUCGCCAUCUCAGUACAGAGGACCAACGCUGAGUAUGUGGUGAAUUUCCACAUGCGGCAUGUCUGUGUAUGAGAGGAAGGCAGACCUGGAGAACUGUAGAGCAAACAGCGGCCAUUCUGCCUUUUCCUCUCCCCCUAGUGUGAAGAACACAAUAAGACUGGACUGUGGGAGGCACCAGUUGAAGUUGAAAUGGGGAGCUUGGGAUGGGUUGGUAUAGAUUCCUUACAGGACCAAAUAUGUUUAGGCUUUUCCAAAUCACCACAUACUUUUAUGUUUUUGGUCAAAUUUGAUUCUUAUACAUGUAUUUGUAUUUUUUGUUUUAUUUGUAUUUUAUUUCAAUAAGUGAUUUAAUCAUUGAUUGUGAUUUUUUAAAGGUUAUUAUGAAUAUUUUGCUACAGUAAAAGCUAUUUUCCAUAAUAUGCUUCGCUGAGUGGACCUAGUUAUUAGCCUGAUUGCCCCCCUUGUAUAGCCUCCCGAGUGGCGCAGUGGU